AUGGUGCAAGAGUUCAUCCUAAUAGCAUUUUCAGAAUUUCCACAUUUACAGGUACUUCUUUCUGUCUUCAUCAUUUGUGUCAUUGGAAAUAUUAUCAUCAUUAUCCUAAUUAGAAUUGAUCCCUUGCUUCAUACUCCAAUGUACUUAUUUAUAAGUGCCUUUGCUGUCCUGGAAAUUAUUUUUGUAACAGUUACUCUACCUAAACUUCUUGACAACCUAAUUUCUGGAAAUAAGAGCAUGUCUGUUCUUGGGUGUUUUACACAGAUGUUUGUCUUCAGUGGAUUGGGGAUAACUGAAUCCUACCUCCUGGUAGUAAUGGCCUUUGAUCGGAACUUAGCUAUUAACAAUCCCCUGCACUAUUCAUCUAUUAUGAAAAAGGAGCUUUGUUUUAAAUUAGCUGUAUUACCAUGGAUUGGUGGAUUUACUAUUUCAAUUUUGACUACAUUAUUCACUGCUUGCCUGAAAUUCUGUGGUCCAAAUCAGAUCAACCAUUUUUUUUGUGAUGUGGGCCAACUUCAAAACUUGGCUUGCUCGGAUCUUUUUGUCAGCAAAGUAACUGUUUUUCUAUCAGCUGUUUUUAGCAUUGUCAUUUCAUUUAUUAUUAUUAUAGCUUUAUAUGCUCACAUUAUUAACACCAUCUUAAAAAUCAAAGGUGCUGAAGGCAAACAAAAAGCCUUCUCUACCUGUUCCUCUCACUUUACUGUGGCCAGUCUUUUCUAUGGAGCUGGUCUUGUUGUGUACAUUAGACCUACUGGAGGGGAAAACGACAAAUUUCUUGCUCUUAUAUACACGGUUCUCACACCACUUCUAAACCCUUUCAUAUAUACUUUGAGGAACAGUGAUGUGAAGACAGCGGUAAACAAUUUAAUACUAAAAAAAAUAAAUGUAUUCAAACACCCAUAG